GCGGCGGUGAUGGACGGUGGUUACGAUCAAUCCGAAGGAGCUUCAAGAUACUUCCAUAACCUCUUUAGGUCUGAGCUUCACAACCAACUUCAACAACAGCCUCAACCUCAACCUCAACCUCAUCCUCAUCCUCAGCUUCAACAAGAAGAUGAAUCUGACUCCAACAAGGACUCGGGUCGGCUUGAUUCCGACCCGGCUACCUCGGGAUCAACUCCCGGGAAGCGUCCACGUGGACGUCCCCCGGGAUCCAAGAACAAGCCGAAGCCACCGGUGAUUGUGACAAGAGACAGCCCUAACGUCCUUAGAUCUCAUGUUCUUGAAGUCUCAUCUGGAGCCGACAUAGUUGAGAGCGUCAACACUUACGCUCGCCGGAGAGGGAGAGGUGUCUCCAUUCUCAAUGGUAACGGCACGGUGGCUAACGUCGUUCUCCGCCAGCCGGUGACGAUUCAUGGGAAUAAUGGUGGAACUGGAGGAGGAGUUGGAGGGGUUGUGACUUUACAUGGAAAGUUUGACAUUCUUUCCAUCACUGGGACGGUGCUUCCGCCGCCAGCGCCGCCGGGAACCGGUGGUUUGUCAAUCUUUCUUGCUGGUGGACAAGGUCAGGUCAUCGGAGGAAGCGUGGUGGCUCCUCUUGUGGCUUCGGGUUUAGUAAUACUGAUGGCUGCUUCCUUCUCUAAUGCAACUUUUGAAAAGCUUCCGCUUAAAGAUGAAGAAGAAGAAAGCGGAGGAGGUCCACUGCCAGCCACGACAGCAACACCGCCGUCUGGACCGGGACAGGGAGAGCUGAGAGGUAAUACGAGUGGUUAUGAUCAGUUUUCGGGUGAUCCUCAUUCGCUUGGUUGGGUAGCCGGAGCAGCUUCAAGACCAUCUUUUUAGAUUUGAA